GUUGAUGCCACCACCUGCUUAUAAAGGGGCUCGCACAUUGUAUCGUUAAAUCAGUGCAUAUCGCCUAAUUUUGUGGGUCAGACACCACGCACGGCCAGCCGUAUACAUGGAGUUGUUUAACGUGGUGGAGAUGCUUCAGUUAGCCGAGAAACCGUUGUACUGGGUCGGUGCACUUACCACAGUCUCGCUGGUGUUGUGGCUGGUGUACCACAUUCUCUCCGGCUUUAGGAUAUGGGUGCUGGGAAAUGGAGAUUUACUCUCCCCCAAAUUGGGAAAAUGGGCAGUGGUGACAGGAGCUACAGAUGGAAUUGGGAAAUCCUAUGCAGAGGAGCUUGCUCAACGAGGUUUCUCCAUGAUUCUCAUCAGCCGCUCUCAAGAGAAGUUGAACGAUGUUGCCCAGUCCCUCGAGUCUCUGUAUAAUGUGGCGACCAAGACUGUUGCUGUAGAUUUCAGUCAAGUGGACAUCUACCCCAAGAUUGAAGCUGCGCUUGCUGGACUAGAAAUAGGAGUCCUUGUUAACAACGUGGGCAUCUCCUACCCUUACCCGGAAUUCUUCUUGCACAUCCCUGAUCUGGACAACUUCAUUAACACAAUGAUCAAUGUCAAUAUCACAUCAGUUUGUCAAAUGACUCGUCUGGUGUUGCCCAGAAUGGAAUCUAGAGCUAAAGGUGUUGUCCUGAACAUCUCCUCUGCCAGUGGCAUGUACCCAGUCCCCCUGCUGACAGUGUACUCCGCCACCAAGGCUUUUGUUGACUUUUUCUCCCGCGGACUUCAAGCAGAGUACAAGAGCAAGGGGAUCAUUAUCCAGAGUGUGCUGCCUUUCUUUGUCGCCACCAAGAUGACGAAAAUCAGGAAUCCCACUCUAGAUAAGCCCACCCCUGAGCGUUAUGUAGCGGCAGAGCUGACCACUGUGGGGCUGCAGGAACAGACCAAUGGCUACUUUCCACAUGCAGUCAUGGGAUGGGUGACCACUGUUCUGGCUCCCAGGUGUGUGGUAACCUUCUUUGCCCUGCGCAUGAACAAGGCUCAGCGCGGUGGCUACCUCAGGAGGAGAAAGCUGAGAUAGCUCGAAGCCAUUAUUUAAAAGGAAAAACUCCAUCUCAAACUGUGCUUUCCUUCAGCUCGGUUUAAUAUCCCUGCCAGACCUCAAAUCAGUGUUUGGGUAGUUUUGUCAAUGCUUUUGAAGUACUGCUGCCUUUUGACUUGAUUUUUUUUUUUUAUAUAUAUAUAUAUAUAUAUAUAU